AUGGAGGACCAGGCGAAUUAUGGCUUAUCCAGUGCUACCUCUCCUGGCAGCAAUCCAAUUCUCUCCCAGCCGCCCUUACAAUCUGCCGCACCCGUAUCUGGAGACGGCAGUGAAGACAUUCAGAUGACUGAGGGCCCCAUUGCGGAACCUAGCAUCAAGCAGGAUAGCGCAACCCCCGCACCAGGCGUGACUACCGAUAACCCUCUCGAUGCUUCCGACGGUCCUGCUCCUGAGGCCAACCAGGACGAAGAGAUGGGCGGUUCACGUGAAGAGGCCAAAGACAGCCAAGGUGCAAAGGAAGGCGAUGAUGCUACAGCUGGAACCGAUGCGGAUGGGCAGGACUCCAAGACCAAGGAAACGCUUGAGUCGGCAGCUCGGGAGCAUCUCAUCUCGCAAACACAUGCAAUUGUCUUGCCCAGUUAUAGCACAUGGUUUGACAUGAACACCAUCAACGAUAUCGAGCGCAAGGCCAUGUCCGAAUUUUUCAACAGCCGUAACCGUAGCAAAACUCCGGCUGUUUACAAGGACUAUCGCGACUUCAUGAUCAACACCUACAGACUGAAUCCAGUCGAGUAUCUUACAGUGACAGCUUGUCGGCGGAACCUGGCUGGAGAUGUUUGCGCCAUCAUGCGAGUUCAUUCCUUCCUUGAGCAGUGGGGUUUAAUCAACUAUCAGGUUGAUGCCGAGCAGAGACCGUCGCAUGUUGGACCCCCAUUUACUGGUCAUUUCAAGAUUAUUUGCGAUACACCUCGUGGUCUCCAACCAUGGCAACCGUCAGCGGAUGCAGUUGCAUCCGCUGGGAAACCAAGCGCAGAUACAGAAAAGAAGGUAGCGGCAAUGCCUGUUCCUAAGGGCGAUCUUAACCUUGAAGUCAGCCGUAACAUUUACGAAGCAAGCGCCAAGGGGACAAAGCUUAAUAAGACUGAACCGAAGACCAAUGGCGAAACGCCGGUAACCAACGGCAUUUCUGGUGUGGAAGAAGCGACAAAGACGCCCAUCGUCAAGGUCAACUGCCACACCUGUGGCAUCGACUGCACUAGAUUAUACUACCACAGCUCGCAGGCCGACCCUAACUCGAAGACCAAGUAUGAUGUUUGUCCAAGCUGCUAUCUCGAGGGCCACCUCCCAGGCAACCAGACCAGUGCUCAAUUCACCAGAAUGGAAAAUCCUACCUACACAACUGUUCUUGAUCGGGACGCGCCAUGGAGUGACGCCGAAAUUCUACGGCUUCUGGAGGGCAUCGAAAGGAUGGACGACGACUGGAAUGAGAUUGCAGAUCACGUAGGCACCCGCACCCGUGAGGAGUGUGUCUUACAGUUUCUGUCUUUGGACAUUGAGGGCAAGUACAUUGAUUCAGACCUUGCCGUCAAUGCACCUACUGGCCUUGCCAUGCUCGGAACACAGGGUGGCCACCUCCCUUUUAGCCAGGCGGACAACCCUGUCAUGUCUGUAGUGGGAUUCCUGGCAGGUCUCGCAGACCCAGCUACCACCGCAGCCGCAGCAAACAAGUCGGCAGAGGAGCUUACCCGUAAACUCCGCAGGCGGCUGGAGGGCGAGGAUUCCGAGGAGCAGGCUAUCACAAACGGCAAAGGCAAAGACAAGGAUGGCGACUCGAUGGAAAUUGAUGUCCGACAAGAUGUGACUACGACUACAACCACUACAACAACGACCACGUUAGCGACAAUUCCAAUGGCUACGAUGGGCGCCCGAGCAGCUGGCCUCGUAUCUCACGAAGAGCGUGAAAUGACACGGCUGGUGUCUGCUGCUGCCAAUCUAACUCUUCAGAAGCUGGAACUAAAGCUGAAGUAUUUCAACGAGAUGGAAGCUAUUCUCCAGGCAGAACGUAGAGAGCUUGAACGUGGCCGGCAACAACUGUUCUUGGACCGUCUGGCUUUCAAGCAUCGCGUCCGAGAAGUACAGGAUUCGCUUAAAACCGCGGUUGAUACGGGAGGUGACCAAGGCCUCAAGCUUGCUCAGGAGGCGAUGUCGGAUGGCGCAAAUCUCACAUUCCAGGCAGCACCAGGAUCAAGUGCUGUGCAACCAUUGAGUAGUGAAGGGCAGAUCAAGAGCUUUGAGGCCUAG